AUAAUGUAGUAGUCUACAGAACAGUACGACAACAUGUCGGCCACACCUUCUUCCUCCGCAGCAGCAGCAGCCUCCAACACACCGAACAAACCUCCUCCCACCGCCAACGUCAAACCCAGCCGUCUCCCAGCUCCGACCCUCUUCGUCGGCCCCCCUUCCAGAAAUGCCUCCCACCUCUCCAUCUCCCGCCAACAAACCCAAGAACCCCGCGAACCACGAAAAAGCACUUUAGGCAAAAACGUCGAACCCGCCUCGUCAACAAUCAAUGACGACACAAGAUCCACGAAUACCCGUAGAUUUCCUCCUCCUGCUCCAGAAGUGAAGAAAACUUCGGAGAAAAAUAUCGAAGCGAAAUGGAAGGAAAUUCAGAGGAUGCUUAAUGAAGUGGAAAGUACGACGGCGGCUCAGCAGAAUGUUUUUGGUGAGAGGCAUUCUGCUGCGUUAGAUGCUUUGAAAAAGGCGCAGGUUGAGCUGGCGAGGGCUUGGGGGAGGGGGAAUCAUCAGGAUCAGGAGCAAGAGCAAGAGCAAGAGCAUCGGGAUGGGUUGGGAGGGGUUGAGGAACGGAGGGAAGUUGGAGGUGUGAGGAAGAGGGCUAGUACUGGUGCGGAGAGUGGGAGUACGGCGCUUUCUGAUGAGAGUCGGGAAGAAGGGAAGGGUUCGGGGAGUUUGGAGGAUGAGACGGCGAUGGAUAUUCGGUUGGCGAGGGAGAGGAGGGCGGCGAAUGAGGGGUAUUUUAUGAAGGUUGAGGAUGGGGUUAGGGAUGUUGUGAAGAAGUUGGAGGUUGUUGCUGAGGCUAUGAGGGGCGUUGAAGGGGAGAGUAGGAGUUUGUGGAGUUCGGGUGAGAGU